ACACCCAGCCUUCCAGCUUUCAGGCUUUGGGGCUAGGGGGAUUGCCUUUUUAGGAGACACCUGAUCACAGCUGAAACUCCCGGCCGCCCAACACAAAGAAACUCUUGAUGCUUUCGUGUGUGUUUGUUUUCACGUCCACCCUUGGUACUGAGAAGCUGCACAAAGCUCCACGGGUGGGAAGAGAGCUUUUAUUGAAGUGGAGACAGGUGGUAGCUCCACAUCAAGCGAAAAUCUUCAUAUUGUGAGAGCCGACGAGGUUGUUAUUCAGGAUGUUUUGGGGCAAGCAAAUUUGAACGCAGGUCUGUUGAGGUGCUGAAGAAGUCCAGCUAAAAGGAGGUAGUACUUCAGCUUUAGUCUGUGCCAGGAGCCGUCUAAAUCCCAGGAGCAGUGACCGCUUCGAUCAAGAGAACACCCUCCAUUGCUGUCCAGUAUGAUGGAGAAAUUCAAGGCUGCCAUGGUUCUGGGAGCUGUUGGUGAUGCUUUGGGCUACAGAAAAGGCCGCUGGGAAAGCUGCCAUUCAGGCAAGCAGAUCCAAGAGGAGCUGGCAUCUCUGGGGGGACUGGGGGCCCAGAAAUUGGACACAGAAAACUGGCCCCUGAGUGAUGCAACGCUGAUGCACAUCACCACAGCAGAAGCAUUAAUAACAGAUUAUUGGUGUCUGGAGGACCUGUACCGGGAGCUGGUGCGCCUCUAUGUUGAAGCCAUGGUUUCACUGCAGGGCAGAGCACCUGACCCGGGCACAGUGGAGGGAUGUGUUCAUCUCAAACCUCACAACUUCCUGCUCGCCUGGCAUACACCCUUCAAUGAAAAAGGGUCUGGAUUUGGGGCAGCUGCCAAAGCAAUGUGUGUUGGUAUGAGAUACUGGCAACCUGAGAGGAUCGACAGCCUGGUUGAGGUCAGCAUUGAGAUUGGAAGGAUGACCCACAACCACCCCACAGGUUUCCUAGGCUCCCUGACAACGGCACUGUUUGCAUCCUAUGCCAUCCAGGGGAAACCUCUUGUGACUUGGGGCCGUGAGCUCAUGAAGGUCAUCCCUCAAGCAGAGGACUACUGCAGGAAAACCAUUCGACACAUGGCAGAGUAUCAGGAGAAUUGGUUUUACUUUGAGGCCAAGUGGCAGUUUUACCUUGAAGAGAGAGCGAUAGAGAACGAAGAACAGAACAAACCCGCCUUCCCUGAUCGCUAUGAUGCUGAGGAGACAGACAAGAUUUAUAAGCGCUGGAGCUCAGAGGGCCGUGCGGGCCGCAGAGGUCAUGAUGCCCCCAUGAUAGCCUACGAUGCCCUCUUAGCAGCAGGGAGUGACUGGGCAGAACUGUGUAAAAGAGCUAUGUUUCAUGGAGGUGAAAGUGAAGCCACAGGCCUGAUCGCAGGUUGUCUCUAUGGCCUCAUGCAUGGCCUGAGUCAGGUUCCCAGAAGCCUGUACCAGGAUUUGGAAAAAAGAGAGCGCCUGGAGGAGCUGGGAGAAAAGCUUUACAAAGCAGCAUCUGCAGAGAAGUGCAUAGACAAGUAAUCCUUCUCUACACUGGCCUGAACCCUACUGGCUAUCAGGGGAACUGCACAAGGCUGCUUCCCUUUGUCCCACACUUCCCUUUCUUUAUUAUCCCAAUAGUCUAUAGGGGCGCCAUGUCUUUUCCUUGCCCGGAGUCCCCCCCACCCUUUGAGUUAUCUUUUUCGCAGGUUAAUAAUCUUUCUGGAGCUACAUCUACCCUCAGUUGCAUAGUUUUCAUGUUCAAUUGAUGGCAGGGAGGAAUAACUCAAUGGUCUCCACAUUAUUAAGACAGAACAUUGAGGAAAAGAAAAGUAUUUUGCUUUUUUAACUUUUAUUUUAACAGACAAUAGUAAACUUAUCAACCUAUCAUAAUGAAUAUGCAAUAGUUUCCUUCUCUGUCAUAUUCUCUUUUCUAAAGCUAACCUGCAUUAACAUAAAGCACAUGGUUAUGUCGUGUCAUUGAGGACCUAUUCCUUCAAAACAUUGUGCAAACCUUUAAUUAACUAACAGAUUUUAGAGGUAUUGCUCUGCAGUAGGUUUCAGUAGUUUUUGCAUAUGCAUUUUUGUAUUGUUUGAAUGCAUAACAUUAUUGAUUUGUGCAAUAGUAUUAACUUUAUCUUAUUCAGUGAUAAACUAUUAUUUGCACUGUGAUGCUCUUAUCAGGUAUAAUAUUAGUGUACUAUAUUGUAAAAGUUCCUAGCAAUUACAUGGUGAAUAUAUGAUGUGAAUAUUAAACUGGACUCAGAUAUU